CUAUUUUCUUAAAAAUUAUCUGAAAAUUUAGAUUGAUUUAAUGGAUUAUCAGAAUAGAGUGGGAAGUAAGUUUGGUGGAGGAGGGGUUGCAGGCACAAGUGAGACCAAUGCAGACCGUCGUGAACGGUUAAGAAAGCUUGCUUUAGAGACCAUUGAUUUAGCCAAGGAUCCAUAUAUUUUAAAGAAUCAUCUUGGGAGUUUUGAAUGCAAACUUUGUUUAACACUUCAUGCAAAUGAUGGAUCAUAUCUAGCUCAUACGCAGGGAAAAAAGCACCAAACAAACCUUGCACGUAGAGCAGCAAAGGAGCAGAAGGAGGGAGCUAUGGAUGGGAUUACAGGGCUUCCGGUGGGGGUUAUUGGACAACAAAUUCAAGUUCGAAAAAAUGUGAUUAAAAUAGGACGACCAGGAUAUAAGAUUACAAAGAUUAGAGACCCGUAUACGAGGCAAAUAGGUCUAUUAUUUCAGUUAAGUUAUCCGGAGAUUGGUACAGAUAUUCAUCCUCGACAUCGAUUUAUGAGUGCAUAUGAACAAAGAAUUGAACAUCCGGAUAGAAGAUGGCAAUAUUUGAUUAUAAGCGCAGAGCCAUAUGAAAGUAUUGCAUUUAAAAUAGAAGCAAAAGAAAUAGAUAGAUCAGAAGGGAAUUUUUGGACAUUUUGGGAUAAGCCGACGUUUUCUAUGCAGUUUUUUUUUAAAUCAGAUAGAGAUACAAGAUAUAUGGGAGUUCCUGGAUUAUCUAAUUCUACGGCAAAAUAAAAGUGAUAUAUAUAUAUAAGUGAUAUAUAUAAUGCUUUUUAAGAGAGU